UAUCGGGGCAGAAAUGCAUCUCGCCGGCUUAGAGUGGAGCGGUGUCGUCUGCUACGUGCUCGUGGCGACCGUUGGUAUUUGGUCGUCGGUGCCCUUCGGCCUUCAGGCGGCCGAUGUUGGCAGCAGCGGGGACUACUGUGACCCGUCGCUGUGCAGCUCGAACCACGCACACAUCGGUUGCAAUCGAUCGAAGGACGCGUUCGGUGAGCUGUGCCCAUCGCAAACGGUCCAGCUGGUGCCGAUGGACGCAUCACUCAAGGAGCUGAUCCUGAAGCUACACAACAGCCUCCGCAGCGAGCUGGCCAGUGGAAAGAUGGAAGGUUUCGCUCCGGCGCAGCGAAUGGCGGUUUUGGAGUGGGACGAUGAGCUGGCGCUGCUGGCCGAGUAUAACGCCCGGAGCUGCCUGUACUCGCGUGACGAGUGUCGCAACACCGGGCGCUACCGGAACGUGGGCCAGAACAUUGGCCGGAAGUCGCGGCCCGGCAACGGCACCAUCGAUCUCGAACGAGCCAUUUCCGAUCUGACCAACAAGUGGUGGCAGGAGUACGUCGAUACCAAUCAGACCGUUAUGGAUGACUACCGGCAGGUCGGCGAAGGGGUGCACGUUCUGCAUUUCGCGCUGAUGGCCAACGACCGCGUCACGAAGGUCGGCUGCGGUGCGACACGCUACUACAACGAGCCCAACAAGCGCUCGUACGUGUACUACGUUUGCAACUACUCCCACAGCACCGCCCACGGCCAGCCGGUCUACCGGAAGGGGGCCCAGUGUGCCGGAUGUGGGCCCAGUGCGACGGACGGAUCGAACUGUAGCUCGACCUACGCCGGACUCUGCGAGGGAAGCGGCGAUGCGAUCGAUAAGCAGCUGUAGCACGCAUGACGUGCCGGACGAGGCCGAAGCCGGAGCGGAGUAGUUUAAUAAAAAGUGACACUAUUUAUUCGGGCACCCGGAGGGCAAGCCCCUGAUAACCGCUCCUGUGAGUAUCGUGUCACGGGUGGUUUCGCUUUUUUCCCGCUGUUCAUCCCUUCCAUCCGUCCGAAUCUCGCCCCGAAAGGCGUUGGGUAACUGUCAAAAUCAGCCACCGCGGACUCUUCUGGGCCGUGUCCUUUAUCGGGUAUCGGUGCAAAAGUUUCCGCUCUCGGUUCUGCCACCAACAGAUAGUUUCUGGUUUGGGGCCGUCUGAUAAAUGGGCGACGGACGCAAUCGUAAUCUUGCGGUUCGCUUUGCUGCGGUCGAAUCCCGUCGAUAUCUUGACACGCCACACGCGCCGCUUGAAGGAUGCCACAAAUGCGUGCGCUGUUUUGACAGGCGUAUAAUGGUUUGCGAUUGAGCACUUAUUAAUCGAUCUGAUUGUUUGCCAUUUAUCUGACUGCUGCUGGGACCCGGGAAAGCCUGUCACGUUCAUUCUCGGUAGAUUGGGGGAUUAGGAGUCGCUUUUUUGAACGAUGGA